ACCAAACCCCCUCUCUCUCUCUCUCUCUCUCUCUCGCGCGCGCUCUUCGAUCGAUCGAUCGCUCUCUUCGAUCGGAAUCGCACCUGGAUGGGGGCAUCUAGUGCUCCGGAUUCGUCGCGAGGGACGACGCAAUCCAUGGUUUCGAUUCGCGUGUUGGAUUCCCGAAUCUGAAACCCUAGAAAUGUGAUUGACGUGAGGGCGUUUGAGAUCGCGAUUUGGUGGGAUGUUGUCGUAAUCUGAUGGGAACUCAGGGUUGGGUGAAGGAUAUAUGGUGGAUUUGUAUGCGUAAAGGUGUUUCUUUUACCGUCUCAUCGGAUUCUUUUAGGGUUUCAUUGCCUUAAUCGGCAUAAAUUUUGGCUUCUCUAGCGGAAAGUUUCGAUCUUGUCAUUUGGGUCUCGUAAUAAGCUAAUUUGGAUUAUGAUGGAGCAUAUAAUUGGGGGGAAGUUUAAGCUUGGGAGGAAGAUUGGUGGUGGAUCUUUUGGGGAGAUUUAUCUUGGUGUUAACAUACAAAGUGGAGAGGAAGUGGCCAUCAAAUUGGAACCUGUUAAAACAAAGCAUCCUCAACUUCACUAUGAGUCCAAAUUGUAUAUGCUUCUCCAGGAUGGAACUGGUGUUCCACGCUUGAAGUGGUUUGGCGUGGAGGGAGAGUACAAUGUCAUGGUUAUUGAUCUUCUUGGACCAAGCUUGGAGGACCUGUUCAACUACUGCAAUAGAAAGUUUUCUUUGAAAACAGUUCUUAUGCUUGCUGAUCAGUUAAUUAACCGAGUUGAGUAUAUGCAUUCGAGGGGAUUUCUUCAUCGUGAUAUCAAGCCAGACAACUUCCUUAUGGGUUUAGGCCGUAAAGCAAAUCAGGUUUACAUUAUUGAUUAUGGCCUCGCAAAGAAGUAUAGAGACCUUCAAACUCAUAAGCACAUACCCUACAGGGAGAACAAAAAUCUCACAGGAACAGCACGUUAUGCUAGCGUCAAUACUCAUCUUGGAGUAGAACAAAGCAGGAGAGAUGAUCUGGAAUCUCUUGGUUAUGUUCUCAUGUAUUUCUUAAGGGGAAGUCUUCCUUGGCAGGGCUUAAAAGCUGGCACGAAAAAGCAAAAGUACGACAAAAUUAGUGAAAAGAAGAUGCUUACUCCAGUUGAGGUGCUGUGCAAGUCUUAUCCAUCGGAGUUCAUUUCCUACUUCCAUUAUUGUCGGUCCUUGCGAUUUGAAGACAAGCCAGAUUACGCUUAUCUAAAGAGACUAUUCCGUGACCUAUUUAUUCGAGAAGGAUACCAAUUUGACUAUGUAUUUGACUGGACAAUAUUGAAGUAUCCUCAGAUCGGAUCGAGUACCAAACUGCAACAGCCUACAGGAAGGACCGGCGGAGCUGCUGGCCUACCUCUAGAAAGACCAGAAAGGACUUUGGCGGGACAAGAGAUCCGCGACAGGUUCUCUGGUGCAGUUGAAGCAUUUGCUAGGAGAAAUGCUUCGGGUUCUGGUCAUCACAGAGAACAUUCCAAGCACAGAAUCUUAGAGGAUUCACCAAGUUUGCCCAAAGAGGUUGUCAAUUUGGACAAGACACGCGCCACCUCUUCGCGUAAUGGCGGCUCGUCAAAAAGGGCUGUCGUAUCAGCUAGCAGGCCGACUUCUUCCGGAGAGUUCAGCGACCAGAAUCGGAGCCGGCUUCAUUCGAGCAGCGGUGGCAGCAGCAGCCGCCCUUCCACCAUCCAACAGCAGAGGCUUCACCACUCUGGGGGGAUCGAGACCAGGCCUUCUUCGCAUUCGAGAACUGCAGCUGGGAGGGGGUCCCGCGAUGACCCCGCCCUCCGAAGCUUCGAGUUCCUGUCAAUCAGCGCAGAGAGGAGGAAAUGAUGCAGGGAAACAGAAAGAGAGAAAAUUUCUGGUAUAAAAUGGUUAUUCUGUAUGCUACGAAUGGAUUCCGAGUAGCGUAAUGGAUUUAUUCUUUUGCCUUGUGGUGGUGAGAUCUGCAUGGGUGGCAAAAUUUCUGUUCUUCGUUGCAUUUGCUCGUUGCGGCCUUAUUCUGCGGCAAUCCACACUUGUAAGGCGCAAGUUCUUAAAAUUCUCAGAAGGGGGGCAUUUUAACCUCAUUAUGGGAACUCCUUGGCCUUUCUCUAAUGUUCUAUUAUUAUGAAGGAUGUGAAUGUUAUUUUGGAUUAUUGUUUAAAUCAAAUGUCUACCAAAUAAAUAUGCAUGUUUAUGUUAAGCUUACCUCCUUUUGUUUACAAAUUAAUGGAGCUGUGAAAUCUA